CUAAUUUCAAAGAAGUAAAAUUCUCUCUCCCUGACCUAGCGCCUUUGUUUGAGCUGAGAAGAGUGUGACGAGGCCUCAGUACCCAAACCAAAAAUGGCGUCGAAGCUUUCCAUGCUUAGGAGCAGAAGUGAGAACAUGGCGUGCAUUUUCGGCAUCAGGAGGUGGAACCACAUCGCAGCAAUUCCUCCGUCCUCGGAUGGGGCCAUUCAACGGACGAUGAUUUCAUCGCCACCGUUUGCUCUGCCAGAGUUUUAUCGGGAGACUGAGAAGGAUAACAAAGUCGGAUUCGGGUUGCCCAGUUUUCUGUUCGGUGGGUCCAUGGAGCUCAUGGCUGUCCCCAAGAGGAAGACUACUCCCCACAAGAGAGGCAUAAGAAAUGGCCCGAAAGCUCUGAAGCCUGUUCCUGUGAUAAUCCGAUGCAGGAGCUGUGGUCGAGUCAAGCUGCCACAUUAUUAUUGUUGCAGUGGACAUAGGGGAAGUACCGGUGAGCGGGAGGUAUAGAGCUUUGGAUGGGAAUUUGAAACUGUUAGAUUUUUUCAGAAUUGAUAUGGAGCAUUCUGUUUCUGAGUUCGUUCUUUUGAAAAAUUGAUUAUGCUACAAAAUCUUAUGUGGGUAUUAGAUCUUUACUUGGUUCAGAUUUUGCUGGUUAGAAUUAAAUCUAUUUUCAUCUUGUAUAAAUUGUACUUGAGACAUGUAGGUAAAGUCUGUCAUAUCAAUUCCCCGCCUUGCUUUACGAAUAUCUGAAAUGCAAGACAGGACAAUAAUUAUUGUUUUAGAUUUCUGGACCAAGUACCUCGAUUCAUGUAUAUCUUAUGCAAUACAUAUAUGGGUUUCCUCUUGCUUUGCUCA